CCAUUGAUGUAAAAAACCAGUUUACUUCGUUCUAGUUCGCACUAAAUUUCCAGAUAAAAAUGCAGAAUAUCAUUAUCGCAUCAGUCUAUAUCAAUACGCAGUCAUGAGUUGUCAGACUAAUAUUUUGUUAGCUAUAUGUUUCAGUGUAUUCCUAAUAAAUACCACAGAUGGAUUUCAGGGAAACUCUUUUUUAAGACCACCUAGGCAACUUAAUCAACGUCCAAAUAGACCUCAAUCGAACAACAACAACUACGACGAAUUUAGUGGACUUGAUACUAAUUGGAACAGUAAUAACAAUAAUCAAUUCGCACAAAAUCAAGGAUCUACUAAUGGACAAAAUUUUGGAAAUAGACCAAACAAUCAAUGGCCAAACACUGGCAAUAAUGGUCAGGGUGUUGGCAACAGACCAAAUAAUCAGUGGUUGAAUACUGGUAACAACGGUCAAAGUUUUGGAAACAGACCAAGUAAUCAAUGGUCGAAUAUAGGUAACAAUGGACAGGGUUUUGGUAGCAGACCAAAUAAUCAGUGGUCAAAUAAUGGUAACGAGAAUCAGGGAACAGAUUGGAAUAAUCCGGAUAAUCAAUCUUUUGAAGGCGGAAAUCAGAGUGAAACAGCAACUGACAGUUCUAACCAACAAAGUUCGAACAGUUCUGUAAGUGAAUCUCUUCGCAAUUCAUGUACAACAAAUUGUAGAACAAGAGUGACAUAUGAAUACAAUCCAGUCUGUGGCUCUGACAAUUUGGUGUAUCAAAAUGCAAGAUUCUUGGAGUGCAUGAGAGAUUGUGGAAUUCCUACUCAACAAACCCACGCUGGUACUUGUGCAAACAGACCAUAACCAAAAUAUUUUUUUUUCAUUAAAUUAAGUAGAACUUUUUGUUAUUAUAUAAUAAAUUUGUCAAUAUUUAUAUUUUAUUAUUUCAAAAAUUAUUUUAAUGAACUUUUUUUAUUGUUUAACAAAUUGACUAUAUUAAAAUAGAUGUAUUUUUUA